UCAUAACACUUUACUUGAGCAGAGACAUCUCUCAGGCUGGUCUCUCCUUUUCCUGAGGGGUGAAGCAUUGCCGAGGAGUUGACGAUCAGAUCCAGCCGGCCGAAGCUCUCCUUAACCCGAUCCGCAGCUCCGCGAAUGUCCUCCUCCCGGCUCACGUCCAGCCUUAGGACCGUCACUUUGCCCGGGUGUUGGCCGGCCAGGCCCCGCAGCUCGGCCGCUCCAUCCGGGUUUCGGCAUGUCGCUAUAACGGCCGCGCGAGUUUUGUUUUUUAAGAUAUAUUUGCAGAAUUCAAGCCCUAGUCCUCUGCUGGCCCCUUGAAUAAGCGCCACAGGGGAAGCCAUAACAGGCCUACACAAGUCCCAACUUCAUUGGAAUUGGGGUUUUGUAGGCUACACCACCAACUAGUGCCCUAGAACACUAGGCUACACCAACCCAUCUUUGCGUCGGAAUCUGACGGAUCACAGGCGUCCAUGGUAAAGCCCAAGCCUGAAGAGGAGCCCGGUUGCCUGGCGACCAGUGGAAAUGUAUCGUCAGCUAGCUAGCUAGCUAGCUAGGCUGUCUGCUAACACAUGGAAUAUGCCCCAUAAACAGCGUUUAAAUGCCACCAAAACGAAAAGGACGUUUGCAGCUUGUCCAGAAAGAAGUGGACGAAAUCACAAAACAGGUUGACAGUCUGGUGAAGGAUGUGCAGAGUCAGGACGGAUCUACUGAAGAGGCAUUUCGGAGAUGUCAAGAACUGCAGAUUUCGGCAGAGAAGACACUAAGGACACUGAAUAAACUGACCAAGGCAGAUGAGCUGGCUCCAGUGGGGAACUAUGAUCAGAGGAAGCAGGAAGAGGAGAGACGACUGCUGAAGAUCUUGGAGCGUGUAAACACACUCUCUCUGGAGCUUUCACCACCAGGAUCCAGUACUGCUGCGGGAAAUGUUUCAAAGGAAGAUAGCGAGGAAAAGGACAAUGACGACGAAGAUGAAGUUGACGAAGACAGUAGCGAUGAUGAAGCUGAUGGUGCUGAUGAAGAUGAGAAACAAGCUGUGAAACCGCCCUCUCAGUCAGACCCUCACAUCUACACAGUCCUCAGUGAUUUCAAAGGAGAACAGGAGGGAGAUCUGUCUGUUCAGAGGGGGGAUGUAUUGAGGAUUAUCAGGAAGACAAUAGAUGGAUGGUGGCUGGCUCAAGAUGCUAAAGGCAACAGGGGAGUGGUUCCAAAAACCUACCUGAAGAUUGGUUCUGGUGUUGAUGAUGAUGAUGAAGAUGAGGACGAUGAUGAUGACAAUGAGGAGGAAUCAGAGGAGGAGGAAGAGCAGAUUGGCAAAGAACUGACUGAUGAUGAAGAGAAACAGAGCAGUUCUCUACAUUCCAACUGGAGUACUGUCAGAAAGUCUUUGACUGAGAUUGAUGCAACAGAUGUGCUCUCUGCCAUGGGAGCUAUACCUUCAGGAUUCAGACCAUCAUCUCUCAACAAACUGCUGAUGGAGGAAGGUAUAACAUACAGAGGAAGUCACUAUAUUCAGCCUGAGCUCAGCCAAUCACAGCUCUCCUUUAGUGACCUCUUCCUGGAUCCAGAUACAGGCAGGGUUCGGGCUCGGCAGGUCAGGACUUGUGUUUGUUUCAGUUUGUGGAGCUGCAGGAUGAUUCCUACUCCUGGGGUUGGAGUUCAGGUCCUCAGCAGACACAUCCGCCUGUGUGCCUUUGAUGGAACUCAGGUGUUGAGUAACAUCCACACAGUGAGGGCAACGUACAACUCCAAGACUCCAAAGACCUGGAGCUUCUCCCCAAGGAUGGCGGGUAUCCUGCCCGCCCUCCUAGAUGGAGACUGUUAUCUGCGCUGCAACUCUGCAUCUCCUGACCUCGGUAUCCUCUUUGAACUGGGAGUCACCUUUAUACGCAAUUCUACAGGUGAGAGAGGGGACCUUAGCUGUGGCUGGUCUUUCCUCAAACUGACCGAUGACACUGGAAAUCCACUCCCCAAGAGGACCUAUGAGCUGCCAGUCAAUGAUGGCACUCCUUAUGAGAAGGAUGUCGUGGUGGAGGCAUCAGUCACCAGAGGAUCUCCAGCUGGUGUUUUCCAGCAGAUACUUCAGGCCAGGCGGCAGCCCAGAAUCAUUAUAAAGUUGAAAUCAUCCAACAGCCGGACAAGAACGCAGCUCAGUCUCCUUCCAGACACUUUGCUGCACUGUCAGAGCUGCAUCCACCUGCUCGCUCUACACAGGCAGCUGCUAGCUGACACACUACUGAUGGACAGGCCUACCAUGCAGAACGCAGAUCUGAUAUGCAGUCCUGUACUUUCUACCUUUCCUAUGCUGUUGGACCAACCAGACCUGAUGGAUGCUCUCAGGAGUGCCUGGCUGGAUGCUGAGACCAACAUGAGCAGAGCACAGAGGAGAGACUUGUCCUAUUUAAAACAGGAGUUUGUCAAAGUCUACAUGUCGUCUGUCUAUUUCCUCCUUCACUCGCCCUCGCUGCCCUGUCAUCGCUGGGCGGACCCACCCUUAGAGGAGCAGCGUGCCAGAGUCAUCUACGCCACCCUGGAUGCUCUCAAACGCACCCAGCACACCACCGGCCAAUCAGGAGGCCCAGAGGUCUUUGUCGACCCCAUGCAUCAGCAUCUUGCCUUUGAUAUCACAGAGUUGACCUUUGACCUCCUCCGUGUGUCACGGUAACAGUCACAUCAAAUCACUUAGAGGGAAGAUACAAAGAGAAAAAAUUAAUUGAAGUUUAUUCUAGACAUCAGUUUGCCUUAAAGCUUUAUAUGUGCCAUAAAAACAUUUUGGAACAUUUUUGAUAUGUGAAAUCUUAAAGGAUAAGGCUGGUGAUAUUCUAUAUUUAUGUUACUGUCAAUAAAUCCAUUGAAAAAAA